AUGGGAGACCUCAAACCAUACAAAGGCAACUACUACCUCUGGUACUACGUGCCUUCCCUCCCCGCCGCAAUUAUUUUCCUUCUCCUCUUCAUCGCCGCAACAACCCUCCACAUCUACCGCCUCUUCAAAACCCGGACAUGGUUCUGCAUCCCCUUCGCUAUCGGCGGAAUCUGCCGCUGCACCGCAAACCGCAACACGGCCUCUCUCUUCUCCUACGCCCUCGCCAACAACGGCAUAUUACUUGCCCCCGCGCUCUUUGCGGCAAGUAUAUACAUGACUCUCGGCCGACUUCUGCGAUUCCUGCACGCCGAGCAUCUUUCACUUAUCAAUGUCCAAUGGCUCACGAAGAUAUUUGUGAUUGGUGAUGUAUUGUCGUUCGCUGUGCAGGGCUCCUCUGUCGGAUUAAGCAUUACGGGACACGACGUGGGCGCAAAAGCGGUUAUUAUUGUGGGAUUGUUGAUUCAGAUUAUCUCCUUUGGGCUGUUUGGGAUUACUACAGUGGCGUUUUAUAGACGAGUCUCCUCCUCAUCAUCAACCCUCGCUACGCCCAGCGGCAAACAUGGGUUGGAGUGGAUGAAAAUCCUUUACAUGCUAUAUUAUACCAGCGGUCUAAUCAUGAUCCGCUCUGUAUUCAGGCUUGUGGAGUACAUCAUGGGAAAUAACGGGUAUUUGUUGCGGCAUGAGUGGACUAUGUAUGUGUUUGAUGUUGUGUUGAUGGUUGGUGUGAUGGGGAUUUUUUAUGUGUGGUAUCCUAGUUCGUUGAAAGUUGGCGACAAAGGCUUUGGGGGGGACGAAAGGGGGUUGGUGCAUAGUGGUGAGUCGCAGUCAACAGGUUUCAUGGAAUUGGAGUCGUCAGAGAACAAGCGAUGA